AGUUUAGAUCAAAGUAUACACGAGAAAGAAUCAGAGAGUUUUCUGAAGAACCCAAAAGAGAGAAAUGUGUAGAUCGCCGGAUUUCGAGCGUUAUGUUGAGAAAGAGAGCUUAAAGGUUAAAGCUUUCUUCGUCCGGUUCACUGGUUUACCCACACGAGAAUUCUUACCGGAUUCUCUCACUCUUCUCUACCCACCACGAAUCAACGAAGCUGCUUUCGAGCUUGAUGGGUCCAAGAUCCGACCCGAUUCUCCAGCUUUUGUGACGCUUCACAGAGUCGUGAAAGGAGGAGACGUGAUUUACGGGUCUAGAGAACGGGUUCGGGUCUGGGAAGGGAUCCGUUUCGAGGUGUACAUGAGUGAGGAGAGGGUGAUAAAAGGUAUUUUCAGAAAAGAAGAAGUGGACAAGUGGAAACUUGAGUGCGAGUGCGAGAUGGAGGAGGAAGGUGCGGCGGAGGUUGUUGUAGCGGCGGAGGGACACGUGGCGACGGCGACGAUGGCGAGGAAACAUAGGAGGAGAAAGCAGAGGGUUGGGUUUGAGUGUUUGGAGGAGAUACCGGAGGAGAGAGAGGAAGGGAGGGAAUCUGACGGCGGCGUGUGUUUUUGCACGUGUAGCGGCGGCGAAUCCGACGACGGAGAGGGGGGAGAGUGGGAGGAGGUGGAAUGGACGGCUGAGAUGGAGUCUGAGACAGAGGGAAUGGGAUGGGCCGUUGAUUUGGGGAUUUGGGUUAUGUGUUUGGGUGUGGGCUAUUUGGUGUCUAAAGCCUCUACCAAAACCUUGACAAGUGGGAGAAGAAGAAGGACAAGAACUUUCUUCUAAUGUCUUGUUUAAUCAAUCAGUUUAAUUGUACAAUAACGUUGGAACAUAAAUGUAAAAAACCAUGAUUUUGAUUACAAGAGGUGAUAGUUCAUUUUUGUUUGAACAUUGAACGUAGAGAAAUGAACAUUCUAGUUUAAA